AUGCCGUUUCAUGAAAUAAGCUACCCCCCCAACCCAACACAUCCUGGUUUUAGCAACUUCAGCUAGGAGGUAUUAACAUCUUUGAAAUGGUACCAGAGCCUGAUGAGACCCCAGUUGCAGUCCAGCAACAUCCACAAGUGCAGAACCUACCACCUCUCCAACACACACUUUACAGCACUCCAGCACCAGCUGAUGCAAAUCCCCAGGCUGUAUCCAGUUUCACCAGCAGCACAGCACCAACCAAGCCUGCCAAUGCCAGCUCAAACAACACAACCCCAGGCAGGUGAACAACCAAACCUGCACGAGCAGCCUCAGCAUCCUGUAAAUCCCAGCCAACCGAUGUGGCCCCAGCAGCUGGGGAAUCCUCACCUACCCACGUACCCCAUGAACCCGCUGCCCCGUCUGCUCCCAGACAUGCCUCUGGAGCCACAGCAGUCCACCGACAAGGAAAAGCAAGAGGAAAUAAUAAGAAAGCUUCCCCCCCUACCCCGCCCAACAAUUAAGGCCAGCGAGUGUGUUAGUUAA